UUGCGUGUUUAGUUUUUUCAGUGUUAAGUUAGGGGAAGGAAGUGAAAAUUUACAUUUUCCACAGUUCAGUGACCGGUACUGGUCUACCGGUGGUCCUGGUGGCCAUCGAACAGGUUAAAUGACCUGUGGUUGCAGUCGGAAUAAGACGUAGUGCCGUGAAGCUCGGUGAAGUUCGCGAAGAAAUGGUUCAAUCGUACGAAGUUCGAGCUCGGGAAUCUCCCCACCGGAACUCCACCUUUGUGAACAACUUCAAGUCACUGUUCCGGAGAAGAUCCCGCAAGACUGGGUCCCCGAAACGACCGCCAGUCGUCAAACCCCAAGACCCAAAGGCUCCAAUAGCCGACCCGGAAGCCUCGGAACCGUCCUCGCUGAUCAGCAGCACCUCGUCGCCACCUGCAGAGGAGAACAACAACCAAAACAGCGGAAUAUCGAUUCCCGAGGACUCAAAUCGUUACGAGAUUAGGAAGCCGGUCAAAAGGAAGUCGGUGGUGGUUGCCCCGGCAGUGCGGCCACGAAGAAAGCCCGGAGUGCAGCACCGGAGGUCCUUCGGCCGGCGGAUCAAUAACCUGUGGAGCAGCUUCGGACUGCUGCGAAGCUCGGAGAAGAUUGUCGAGUUCGCGAGCGGUUAUGCUGCCUUCCAACAUGUCCGGGAAAACCUGGACGAUCUCAACGGCAAAUCCGAAGCCAACGAGACGGAUUUGGUGUUUUUGCAGGGAAUCCUCGAAAAUCCAGCCGUUACCCAAGUCAUUAAGAUCCAGGACAAGCUCGAAGACGUCGCGCCCCCGCUGAAGCCGGUCCGACUCCACAACAUCCCCCUGCUGCGGGAGGUCAUCGAUCGGUGCAGCCUGUCGCGGAACCCGCACGCCCGAGAGCUAGCUCGGAUAUUCCGCUAUCCGCACUUCCGGGCGCUGGUCGAAACGCACGACGAGGUCGGCGAAGUCACCGUUGAGCAGCUCAAGCACGCCCAGUCAUCGCCCGGAGGAAGUAGCCAGUCGAACGGAGGUUUCGACGACUCCACGGUGGUAGAUAGCGGCGGUGGUGGUUCUUCGCUGGUGUCCUCGGCGGUAACGACGACGGCGACGGGAAGUGGCGGCGGGAUGCCCGGGGAAACGAUCAAGAUGGUCGGCAUCCGGCGGAAUCCGAACGAGCCGCUCGGGCUGACUGUGGAGGUGGACGAGCACAACCAGCUGGUCGUGGCACGGAUCAUUGCGGGCGGGAUGAUCGAUCGGCAGGGGCUGCUCCACCCGGGCGAUGUGAUCCUGGAGGUGAACGGGUCGGCGGUGACGACGCCCGAAGAGCUACAGACUGAAAUCUCCCGUGCCAAGGAGUCCGUAACGCUCAAGAUUGGGCCGAGCAUCGAGGAGGAGAUGAAAUCCGCCCGGAUCAUGAUGGCCGGUGGACAGGUAAAGAGUGGGAAAAAUCUAGAGGCGGGGAAGAAGCUGACGUGCUACAUGCGCGCCCUCUUCGACUACGACCCGACGGAGGACAAUCUGCUGCCGUGCCAGGAGAUUGGACUAUCAUUCCAGCGCGGAGACAUUCUGCAGAUCAUCAACGUUAAGGACCCGAACUGGUGGCAAGCGCGGCACGCCGGCGAAGAUGGUCCGAUUGGGUUGAUCCCGUCGCAGGAGCUCGAGGAACGGCGCCAGGCUUACGUGCCCCCGGAGGCGGACUUUGUCCACAAGAUUAGCAUAUGCGGAACCAGGAUUUCCAAGAAGAAACGCAAAACCAUGUACAAAACCAAGCAGAACGGCGAGUUCGACAAGGCCGAUCUGAUGCUGUACGAGGAAGUUACCAAGAUGCCACCGUUCAAGCGGAAAACGCUGGUGUUGAUCGGGGUGUCGGGAGUGGGUCGACGAACGCUCAAGAAUCGCCUCAUCAACAGCGACCCGGACAAGUUUGCGUCGGUUUUGCCACAUACAUCCCGUCCGCCGAGACCGCUGGAGGAAAGUGGCAAAGCCUAUUGGUUCACCGAGCGGGAGGACAUGGAACAGGAAAUCAAGGAGAAUCGCUUCCUGGAGUUUGGCGAACACAACGGAAAUCUGUACGGAACCCAUCUGGACUCGAUUCGAGACAUUAUCCGGUCAGGCAAAAUGUGCGUCCUCGAUUGCGCUCCGAGCGCGCUGAAGAUCCUGCACAACAGUGCCGAGUUUAUGCCGUACGUGAUCUUCGUGGCGUCGCCCGGUAUGGAACAGCUGAAGCAGUUGUACGCAGAGCGUCGAUCGGCGCACGGGUCGCAGAGAAGUUUGCAGUUCGACCGGCAAAGCUCCAUCCGCUUCAGUUCGCGCCGAGCCAAGACCCUGGAAUCGCUGGCAUCACUGUACGAGGACGACGACCUCAUCUCGGCGGUCGAGGAGAGUGCCCUGCUGCAGCGAAAGUACGACAAGUACCUGGACAUGGUGAUUGUCAACGAGGACUUUGAUGUCACAUUCCGGGCCGUGACGGACGCGCUGGAGGCCCUCAGCCACGAGCACCAGUGGGUGCCGGUCAACUGGAUCUACUAGGGAGGAGGCGGAUCGACUUCCAACGCGUUACAGAUGUGUUCAACGUUGAAAUAAUAUACAGUGUAUAAGGGAAAGGGAGCCAUACAAUUCCUCAAUAGAGUGUUGCACGCUUAUUGCUGUUUCCAUAUCCAUGAACUAUUGAAAGUCAAUCAUGUUAACUUCAUAAUCUCCAUGUCGUACUAUUGGAUAAUCAUUAUCACUAGCCGUCUAUUAAGAAUACAAAUAGUUGUAAUCAGCGAAAAACGCCUUCAAUAUCUUCGAUACAAAAACCAUUUUUGAUAGCAUUUAAGACAGCGUUAAGAUAUUCAGUGAAUAGUGAAGAGAAAUUGUUUCGUCCAUUACUUUUAGUUCCGUAAUUUAGCUGCCUAGGGCAAGUUAGUAAGAUUGAUUUAAAAGUAUGUCGUCGAAUCUCCGAGAAAUGGGGGCAAACUUAUGUUUGAAGUGCAAACGAAUGGACGAUUGGUUUCGUUCCAUGAUGUAUUACCGCGGUUGCAUGCGAAUUGUUUUAUUUCUACCGGUAGCGAGUGUUAAGUUCAAAGAAUUGUUUAACAUAGUAAUAUUUGUUGUAGAUUUUCAUCGAUUUUAUGAAGUACGAAUAAAGUGAAAAAGCAACGGAA